AUCUGAGGUGUUUGUAUGCGUCGCAUGUGCAGCAGCAUCUUCACGGCCUCUCCGCAUGUCAUUUGAUCAGAGCAGAAAACAACAACGGUUUCCAGGCAACGACUGAAACAAAACAUCCUGUAGCAUGGCUGCAGCUUCGGACCCCUUCACGUCUCUUCCCACAGAAAUAAAAGUGAUCAACAGGCUGAGCUCUGGUCUGUGCAGAGCAGGAAGGAGAGAUGAGCCGGGAACUGGACGUGUGACCUCUCAGAAGCCCGUUGCUCUGGCUCCGUUUAGAGACGAUGUCCCCCUGCUGGACCCCUGCAGCGGCCAUCUGAGCGCAGGAGCCAGAGUGCAGCUUGGGAUCCAAAGCCGGACAGAAUUCAUAGAUCCGUUCAGAAAAAGGCCUCAAACAACUCCCAACCUUUCAGUCCAAGGUUCAGCCGUUCCCACUCAGUCACAGAGGACAGCAGCAACGCUCAGCAGCCUCCCUGGAAAACACGCUGGGCAUCUGACCUCCUCCUCUUCGUCGGCCCGCAGCUCGUGGAGCGAUGACUCAGCGGCGCUCCGACGCUACAUUUACACUUCUUCCACUCAGAGGAGCUAUGAGGAGGUGAACUGGGGUAUGAAGUUCCCCAGAUCCCUAAAUGCAGCUGGAGCGACCCUGGAGCGCCGGGCCGACCCUGUGAGCGAGCAGACCUCAUCACGGCGCUACAGCAGCAGGCCUCAGCUGUGGCAGUCUGCAGGCGCUGAGUGGAACAGGCGACAGCUUCGACGCAGGAACGACCCCAGGAAACCCAUUUCAUUCGGAACGAUUGGCUCAGAGAACAUGGACCACAUUGACAACAUGGAGGCAGAUUUCCAGCCUCUAACUGUGAAGAGGAGCAUCACACCAUUGUACACACUGACAGCGCAUCGGACCACAAUGCCAGGCUUCACAGGUGUCCAUGCUCCCCCUGCUGCUGAGGAGGCCUCCAUCUCUGGAGGGACCCGAGGACAUGAGCGUGCGGCGCCGCUGUCCAGGAUGGUGACCUCUGUGACCCCCUGUAACCCCUACCUGAGCGCCCGGCUUCCUGCCUGGAGAGGCCUCAACCCCGUGAAGAUGAGAAAGUUCUGAAGCAUCAUCUUCCUCUUUAUGUCGUCCAAUCAGUUUGUGUGAAUAGAACGUCAGAAACUGAUCCGGAGUCGGUGGGAGAAUAAUAAGUUUCUCCAUUAUCAUAAUUUCCCUGAUUUAGAUGAGUGGUUUUCUAACUCUGGGUGCCGAGCGUUUGCAUUGUCCUCGUAUACAUUUGCUCUCUUACAGACGCACUCAGUCGUUAAGUGUGUGUGUGGUUCAGGAGGGGGGGGGGUAAAUGGAUGGCAGUAAAUUGUUUUCAAUCCACCAUCUUUGCGUUUGAAGCAGCAGCAGCAGGUUUGGUGCUGCUGCUGCAGUUUGUGGUGCGAUCUUCUUCUUCUUCUGCUGCUGCUGCUGCUGCAGCCGCCAGCAGUCACAUCAUUCUGAGGCAAACAUAUUGUGUAGAGAUUAUUAUGAAGUUCCUGCCAGCUAUAUCUUUAUGUCUGUGGUUUGAGCAGCUCCGCGCUUACACAGGAAAUAGGAAUGAGCUGGUUUUCCUGUUUCUCUUCAUCUAUAGUUUGUUUAGAUUUGUACUUGGAGGGAUUUCUACACCAACAUGUUGCUGAUUUGGUGACGGCUGGGAGACUCAGCUCACAUUUACCACACUAUUUGUUUUGGGGGAAUGGGAACAAAACCGGGCAGUUUCAUACUGAGGGGUUUAUAACUUUAAGCUUCUUGUCCUUGAUUCUCAAUUAUGGUUGAGAGUUCGGAGCGGUUCACACUUUAGCCACAAUACAACCUGCUGGCAUUGUUCAUUAAACCUCACUAGUGUCACCAAGCUGCAGCUGAGCCUGAUCUGACAGGCUGCGCUGGCCGCACGUGGAACUGCAGCGCUCCGCCAACAUUCAGCCAUUCACUUUCAUUCCCAGGAAAUGUUUCCACUUUCUGUCACUUUUACAACCACAAUGGGAUUUUAUGCCACAAACCAGGACAAGGUGGAAGAAAACUACAACAUAAUGAAAGUAUUUGUAUUCAGUGAAGCUACAGAUUGGAUGGAGAGCAUCUGAGAAAGAGGUUCGGACUUUGACUAGGCCCUUCUAAUGAAUGAACCUGCUUCCAGGAGAUAGUCUUCCAGGACAGUCUUGUGAAUAAAUCUAUCUGAAUUCCCAUCUGCUGAAGAAAAGCAUCCACACAGCAUGAUGCUGCCUCCACCUUGUUUCAUAAACAAUGUUUUCCAUAUGGAUUCCUGCCACUCCGACAUGGCAUCCAUUUUAAGAAUCUCUGCAGGUGAUGUGGGACCACCAUCAUCCACGAAUAUCUAAAAUUCAUAAAUACUUCAGACUCAUAGCUAUUUUAACAGUUCAAACGCUAAAUAUACUUUAAUAUGGAUUAAUACGCACAGAGGAAACGGUCUUAGCAGAAGCAGAGCAGGGCAACUGAUGGUUAUUAUAGUAAUCGAUUGAGCUAUUGAUUAUUCUCAUGAUUAAUCGGAUAGAGAAAUUGGGACAUUCUGCUGAUUUCUUAUUUAACCACUUAAGCAUUUUCUGUAAAAUACAUAAAAAAUGCAAAUAAACAAAUAAUCCUUUUUUAAAAUACAAAAAUAAACAUCUUAAUGCUUAAAAUGCAGUGACAGAGAAUUUUUAGUGAAUUGGAACUGAGCAAAUAUAAAAAUAUACCAGUUGAUAAAUUUAGGGUAAAACAUAUUUACAGAC